AAUAGUAGGUCUGGGUGAGAAAGUUGUCGUAGGUCUGUCGUAGCUCUGUAAAAGUAUCUUUCGUCCUAGUGCCAAACAAACUUGGGGAUAUACACCUAACAAACCGCGAGGCAGGAGUGGUUCAUGCUGACAAGUAGGCUACGCAGGGCGAUACGUUAUAGACGUAAUUAAAUGUGCAGAUUGGCUAGCUAGGACAAACUAAACUGCGUUGACAUUCAGUACUGCUAUCCAAUUGGCCGACACGCGGUCUGUCACUCUCACCAUUUCAAGUCUGGCGCUGACGUAAUCAUGUCUGCCUCCGAUGUCCCGCCCCUGGGAACGCAGCCGACUUGGACUUGAAUGAGACGAGUUCAGAGCCCGUCAGACAGACGGAUACAAAGUAGCACAGUCUGUCUGUUCCCGACCCUCGGCGAUUCUGGAGUCCUACCCAGGGCAGACUGCGCGGCCCGGGGAGGGGGGGUGGACUACGGACACAAUAGACCGUUGACUUCAGCUCUCAACUGUAGACUUAAAGACGAGGAAACAUCCAAAUCUACGCGUUUUUUUGAUGCAAUUUCGAUCCGCCUCGGCCCGGCGGAAUCGACCGAAGUCAAGAAGAAGAGGCGGACGGGGUCUUGGUGCCGCCUUGUUUCUCUCGUAGUUUUCAAGAUUUCGAUGUUAAACUUCAUGGGUGUGAUUAACGGUACCGCGGCCAUCCAGACCAAUGUAUCUUGUACAUGUAACUGCAAACGCUCCACGUCAUUCCAGAGCAUGGAGAUCACCCAGCUGGAGUUUGUCCAGAUCCUGGUGAUUGUCAUGGUGAUGAUGGUGAUGGUGGUGGUGAUCACGUGUGUACUGAACCGGUACCGGCGCUCCGCUCGCUCACUGCUGUCCCGGCACGGCCCGCAGCGCCGACCUCACCUCCCCUUGGCUUCUGAGGGAGGUCUGUGGUCGUCAGAAGGUGCAGGGCCCUCUAGUGGACAGAGUGAGCAGGCGUUCACGCCCCGCCCCCCCGAGCGGGUGCCCUCCUACCUGCAGCGCGAGCUGGGCCGCUUUCAGCCCACCUACCCUUACCUGCCCCAGAGCUUGAUCGACCUGCCCCCCACCAUCUCCCUGUCGGACGGCGAGGAGCCCCCCCCGUACCAGGGCCCCUGCACCCUGCAACUCCGAGACCCCGAGCAGCAGCUGGAGCUCAACCGCGAGUCUGUCCGGGCUCCGCCCAACCGCACCGUCUACGACAGCCACCUCCUGGACUCCUCACACUGCCCCCAGGCCCCGCCCCACCUGAACCCGGGGGGGGGGGGCGGCGGCGUCAUGGCGACCACCGCAGCCUUCGGUGGUCAGGGCGCGCGGGUGCACGGGGCCCCGCCCACCUACAGCGAGGUGAUCGGUCACUACUACCACCCUUCCUCCCUGCCCCCUCAUCCCCAUCAGACUGGCGGGCCCCCGCACCCCCCCUCGCUGCUGCAGGGGCUCCUGCCCAACAUCAGCCCCCCGCCGGGCAGCCUGGAGAGCAGGAACGCUCGCAACUCCAAGGAGAAGCAGAAGCCCCAGCAGGUGUGACGCGCUCGCCGCGUGCGUCUCUCCAACACAGCCCACACACACUUCCUGCUUCCUGCUCUUCCAUGCGUCAGCUGACCCGGGGAUGAGAGAGCAGCUGAUGUCAGGGUUGAGGUGAGAAGGGGGGAAGCGGGGGGGGGGGCGGGGAUGGGGGGGGUGCAAGAGCACAGAGAACCGAACUGCACCCCCUCCCCCCCCACCCCUUCUCAUUCUGAAACCCCCCUCCCUCCCCCCUCAGCCUGACUGACUUUGUAAACAUAUUUUCCUGCUUAUUUACCAUCUCAGUGCUCUCAGCUUCAUUUCUAUGGCCACACACGGAGAAAACGAAGAAAAAAAAGUGUCAUCGUAGACCGUUCUCUUCCAAGUAUUUAGGUUUAUCUUUUGUAAUAUUGCGCUUGCUACCAGCUGCAUGUGGCUAGUUUCCCAGACUCAAGAGGGAGCAAGGACUGUCU